AUGGCCAUGAGCUCCUAUUUGAUCAACUCCAACUAUGUGGACCCGAAGUUCCCGCCGUGCGAGGAGUACUCACAGAGCGACUAUCUGCCCAGCCACUCUCCGGACUAUUUCAGCUCCCAGAGGCAGGAGGCUGCCGCGUUUCAGCCGGACUCUCUCUACCACCACCACCAGCGGCAGGGCUGCGGAGCCGAGCCGCCCUACACGCCGUGCCAGGGCGCCGGGCAGCCCGCCUCGGUGGUGAUGUCCCCACGGGGUCACGUCCUGCCCCCGACCGGGCUGCAGACCACCCCUAUCCCGGAGCAGAGCCACCACUGCGACUCGGUGACUCCCAGCCCGCCUCCGCCGUCCUGCGGCCAAACGCCCCACAGCCAAAGCACUUCUUCCCCGGCGAGCAGCCGCAAGGACCCGGUGGUUUACCCGUGGAUGAAGAAAGUCCAUGUAAACAUCGUGAGUCCAAACUACUCUGGGGGCGAACCAAAGCGCUCGCGGACGGCCUACACGCGCCAGCAGGUUUUGGAGCUCGAGAAGGAGUUCCACUACAACCGGUACCUCACGCGCAGGCGCAGGGUGGAGAUCGCGCACACGCUGUGCCUGUCGGAGCGGCAGAUCAAGAUCUGGUUCCAGAACCGGCGGAUGAAAUGGAAAAAGGACCACAAGCUGCCCAAUACCAAGAUCCGCUCCGGGACAAACAACAACAGCAACAGCGGCAGCGGCAGCAACACAAACUCGCAGGCGCUAGCCAGCUCUCAGAGCCGGUCGAGCGGGCCGCUAUAGCCCGGAGCUCCGCUCCUCUGACCCCGUCACCUCCUUUACCUCCCUGACCCGAAACUGAGCGCAGUCCCGGAACCACCACUACUAGCCUGUUAUUAAAAUUAUUAUUAUUAUUAUUGAUGUUAUUAAUAUGAAUAUCCCCGCUACCUAUAACCGAACCAUGCACUUUGGAUCAGAAUGAAAGCCUCUGCUCACGGACGGGCCGCCGGAUGCAGGACGGACGUCACUACCUGCUCUGUACUGUUGUCACACACUGUGGGGGGAGGGUGUGUGUGUGUGUGGACAGAGAGAGAGAUUCCACCAUUCAGAAAAAUGAAUUGAACAAAAAUGGGUGAAGAGAAGAAGAGUACAGGGGAGGAGAAAACCAAACUAAGGGAGUGAUGCGGACACCCGUUUUUAUCUCUCUCCUCUCUCUCUCUCUCUCCCUCUCUCUCUCUCUGCUCUCUCUCUCUCUCUCUCUCUCUCUCUCUC